AGAUGGGCUGGGAGCCCAAGCUUCCUGCUGCAGUUCAGGCAGCCUCUUUUGGGGUGGGGGCUGGGGGCCAGGCCAAAAGUCUCUGCCUGCUGAAGACUCCCGGGCACCAGAAACUAAAUGACCACUGCUUGCAGUGGACAUGGGGAAGAAGCUGGUGAUGGCCCAGAAGCGGGGAGAGACUCGGGCCCUUUGCCUGGGUGUGGCCAUGGUGGUGUGCGCUGUCAUCGCCUACUAUAUCCUGGGCACGACCAUGCUGCCCCUCUACCAGAAAAGCGUGUGGACCCAGAAAUCCAUGUGCCAUCUGAUUGAGACCAAUAUCAGGGAGCAGCAAGAACUGGAGGGCAAGAAGGUGCCCCAGUACCCGUGCCUGUGGGUCAACGUGUCAGCUGUGGGCCGGUGGGCUGUGCUGUACCACACAGAGGACACUCGGGACCAGAACCAGCAGUGCUCCUACAUCCCAGGCAGCCUGGAGAACUACCAAGAGGCCCGGGCCGAUGUGGAGAAGGUCAGGGCCACACUCCACAAGAAACAGAUUUUCUACUGCUUCUCAACAAGUCGGGAGAAUGAGACCAGUGUCCUGUACCAGCGCCUCUAUGGGCCCCGGACCCUUCUCUUCUUUCUCGUCUGGCCCACCUUCCUGCUGACCGGAGGUCUCCUCAUUAUCGCCAUGGUGAAGAUCAACCAGUGCCUUUCCAUCCUGGCGGCUCAGAAGUAGACCUAUCCAUGGCACGGAGCUGCGGGGGCUGCAGGGGACUGGGUGGGCCCCAGGUGGCUCCCUACUUGUGUAGCCCUGCCCCCUCCCCCUGCCUUCUCACUGUUCCGCUCCGACCCAUAACAACCUCUGCUACCUGG